AUGUUUGAAUUUCCUUGGCAAGUUAUCAUUAAAACCGAUGAACCUGGUGCUGUUCCAAACCCUAUUACAUGUGAAGCUAGUAUCAUUGACAAAUUCUGGGUCAUUACUUCGGUCAACUGUGUCAACCAAACUCAAAUGGAAAAGUUUACAUUACGUUUUGCAUCUUACAAACUGAAAAAUCCUGACAAGUUUGAGUUUUCUCGAAAAAUUAACAAAAUAGUUGUUCAUCCAAAUUUCAAUCCACUGACGCUGAAUUCAAAUAUUGCACUUUUAAAGUUGCCCAGUGAGCUUCCAUUUGGAAAUGUUUCUGCACACGUUAGUGCCAUUUGCCUGCCUGCAAUGGAAAGGGACAUUGAUGAACAAGCCAAUUUGAUUAAGAUUGCUACCAUCAGUGGUUGGAACAAACAGAAAGUUGUAGAGGAGUUGCUCACUACCAAUGUUACUAUUCUAAAGCAGUCUGAGUGUGUCGUUCCAGCUAAAAGUGUGACUCAAGAAAACAUCUGUUCACGUGGACAACUCUCCACUGGACUGGCCUGCAAUCAUUUCAAUGGUGGACCGCUGAUAACUUACAAAAUGUCUGUUUCCCUCUCCACACAGCUGUUGACAGUGGCGCUGAUCACACUGCAACGACAGCUACAGCACAAUAGAGUGAUUAAUAACAACAAUGCAGCCAUUUCAUCAUCGCCAUCUUCAGCUAAUGUUGACUACAUUAUCGUUGGCGGUGGUACCGCCGGCUGCAUCGUCGCAGGCAGACUUACGGAAAAUUCAUCAGUUUCGGUGUUGCUCCUCGAAGCGGGUGGACCAAUACCUGUGUUGAGAGAAAUGUCCGGUGUCAUUGAUUUGGCAGACGAAGUUUGGCCGUACAGCACUGUACGACAGCAAAGUGCUUCCGAAUAUAUCUUCCUAGCCUUUGCAUUUGCCAGCGGAACGGCGGCCCUUCCCUACGGCAAAGUUCUGGGCGGAUCUCACGUGCAGACGCUGAACGUCUACACGCGGGGCAAUCGUCGCGAUUACGACCGCUGGGCAGGAGAGUUCGGCGCCCGGGGCUGGGGCUACGAGGACGUGCUGCCCUACUUUAUGCGCUCAGAGAACAACACCGACCCGAAGGUGGUGGCGGCGAACCGAGGCCUCCACGGGACGGCCGGUCCGGUGGAGGUGUCCACCGUGCCGAACCCGGAUCCGUUUGAGCUGCGCUGGCAGGCGAUCGUCAACGCCAGCGGCUGGCCCAUCGCCGACUACGGGAACAGUGAGGCGCAAUACGGCUUCUCCAUUCCGCAGGUGACGCAGUCGGCGACCAACUGGACCCGCCGCAGCACCGGCUCUGCCUACAUUGAAGACAACUCAGGGCGGGGCAAUCUCCGUGUUCAGCUAUUUUCUCACGUUACCCGGGUACUCUUUGAUGGUCAGAGAAGGGCCAUCGGGGUUGAGUACCGAAUUAUCAGGGGUGAUAAUAAUAACCAAACCUAUCAGGUGUACUGCCGGCGCGAGGUGAUCCUCUCGGCGGGGGCCAUCAACUCGCCCCAGCUGUUGAUGCUCUCCGGAAUCGGUCCCAGGGACCACCUAGUCUCACUGGGCAUUUCCGUGCUGGCGGACCUGCCGGCGGUGGGCUCCCGCAUGCAGUCGCACGCCUCUGUGCCGAUGGACUUUUCGCUGGUCAACCAGUCGGAGAUUACCCUGCUGCGGAACAUUGACAAUCAAGGGCUGACCAUCCCCAACCUCUACGACUUUUACGUCCACUCGAGUGGGCCGCUUCGCCAGCGACCGGUGGCGAUGAUGUACAUUGCGACGGGAGUCAGCGGCGACCGAGACUGGCCGGACGGCUACCUGGUGCUCACCUCGGGCGCCGUCUUCACCGACUCCCUGCUGGAGGCGGCCGUGCAGAACUACCGAGCCGACCGGCAAACAGAGUGGCGGCAGUACCUGCGGCAGUACCUGAACAAUGAACGGCACCUCUACCUCACCUUCCUCAACUACCGGCCGCUGUCGAGGGGCACGGUUCGCCUCGCCUCCCGCGACCCCCUCCAGUCGCCCCUCAUCGACCCGGCCUUCUUCAGCGACCGCCAGGACCUGGCGGCGAUGGUCGCCGCGAUGAGCAUCGGCUUUGCGCUUUUCGAGACGCCCGCCGCCCGGUCGCUGUUCACCUACUCGGCGCUGCCGGUGCCCGGCUGUGCCUUCUGCCCGGACCGCCCGCUCAGUCGGUGCUUCACCUACCUGGCCUGCGUCGCCCAGUCGGUGACGGUCAGCGACUGGCACGACUGUGCCACCGUGCCGAUGGGCAAUGACAGUGGUGGCAACGCCAGUGCACUCGACGAACACCUCAGAGUGCGCGGUGUGCAGGGGCUGCGGGUGAUGGACGCCUCCGUCAUGCCGGCCAUUCCCAAUGCAAACACCCUAGCCGCGGCGAUGAUGAUCGGCGAGAAGGGCGCCCGACUACUGCUGCAAACAGACUGA